AUCCGGAUUGCAGCACUAAAUGCAGCCUCAGCCGCUGCUGAUGAGUCUGAAGACCCUCUGAAAACUAAAAAGAGUCGAACUAAGGAGGCUCAGGUGUGGUAGUCUUGCUGAGCCACAUUACACUAGCCACAUUUGGUUAAACUUUGCUUUCAAAGUAGACAUUUGCUUGUUCUGAGUUAUUUCCCUCCUUUUCCUAUACAGGAAGCAGAGGCAUUUGCUUUGUAUCAUAAAGCAUUAGAUCUUCAAAAGCAUGACAAGUUUGAGGAGUCUGCCAAGGCCUAUCAUGAACUCCUUAAAACCCCAUUGCUCAAAGAGGUAUCAUUCCCUUCAGAGACUCAAUGAGGUUCACUGCAUGUCUUAUUGAAAUUAUCCUGCACUAUAACCCUUUAUAUGAUUUAACAUGUUGUCACACCUCUCACAGGCAAUGCCCUCGGACGACCAAAAGGUGGGUCUUAAGCAUCCAGGACUGAUGCUGAAAUACUCUACCUUCAAAAACCUGGCUAGUUUGGCUGCGCUGCGGGAUGAUUUGGAGACAGCCAUGGAAUUUUACUUGGAGGUAAACUCAUCCUAAAAGAGCACAAGUUAUGGAACCUAUCAGUAAACCAUAUAACUAAUAAUUGGUAAGGUAAAUCUUAGCGGGAGAAUAAAUGUUGUUUACUGUACACAAUACAUUUGUUCAAGUCCAUGUGACCUGAAGAUACGGUAUAUGUUUUCUCGCAGGCUGUGAUGCUGGAUUCCACUGAUGUGAACAUGUGGUACAAGAUUGGUCAGGUGGCUGUGCGACUGCUGCGCAUUCCUUUGGCGCGGCAUGCCUUUGAGGAGGGUCUGCAAUGUAACCCAGACCACUGGCCCUGUCUGGACAACCUCAUUACUGUUCUCUACACACUCAGUGACUACAGCUGUGAGUCAUUCCUCUGUAUGUCUGUCCUCUGUCACUGUGCAAAGGACUGACUAAUCAGUAUUGUUUUUAUCAUAUUUCUAACUGUUUAGAACUGUUGAUUUGAAAAUGGUCCAGGUGUGCAAAAAUGUGUGGGGGGGUAGUUAUCUAUCAUACUGUUUUCCAGGCUGUUUGUAUUUCAUCUGCAAAGCCCUGGAAAAGGAUCAUUGUUACACCAAAGGGCUGGUGUUGAAGGAGAAGAUCUUUGAAGAGCAGCCUUGUCUGAAGAGGGACUCCAUGCAAAUGUUCCUGAAGUGGUAUGGCCCUUCUACCCACCUGUCUACUUAUCCUAAAUGUGUGCUGUCAUACAGCUGUCCAUAUGGUCUUGAUCUUGUCCUCAUGCUCCAUAUGCAGUGACAUGUCCAUUCACUAUGUGGAGGUGGAUGAGGAGGAGACCCAGGCCAUUGUGGAGGAGGCAAUGGAUCUGCGACGGCGCAGGCAGGCUCUCUCUGCCCGGGAACCCAAACCAGACCUGGUCCUGGUCCAACCCAUCCGCUGUUUCUCGUGAGUCUUCACACUUACUCUUAUCUGUUGACAGGUGGACGCGCCUCCCCUUCUCUUGUAGUUUCACAGGAUACAGACAGUUGCUGUGAAUACUCAAACAUGUAUUUGUUUUUUUGCAGUUUACUCCCUUGCUUUACAUUUUGAUUAAUGAUAGGAUUGUUUUAAUUGACAAAGCAUUUUGGACUGUUAUGAUUCUCAGGUGGAAGAAUGUUGGAGAGAGCCUCCUUGCCAUGUACAGACAUCAGACCAUCUGCGAGCCGCCACGCCCAAGUCUGGGCCGCAGGAUUGACCUGUCCCAGUACUGCGACCCCAACUGCCUCCAGGCCUUGCCUCCUGAGCCCUGCCCUCCUGUCAGUGAGAUCCAGACCAUCCCCAGCAGCAGCCCCAGCUCCUCCCUGCCUCCACUUCCUGUCCCUGAGCCAUCAGCACUGUCCCAGCCCAGCCCUGUGGUUCAGAUCACACAGAGCCAGACUGUAGAGGUCACUACAACUACAGCCCCCUCUGUUGGUCAGUUGCUUCUUUUCAUCUAAUUUAGCAUGUCAAUUCCAUUGAUUUGCAAGCAUUUAGACAACAAAACAAAUUGUCUCAGAAUGGCCUAUUGUAUGCUCUGAUAAUUAAUGUGUUGUUUAAAUGUCAAUUGGUCCCUUCACAGCUAUGGAAACCUCCUUCACUGUGAAGGAGAAGGAGAAAAAGGCCCCUAAGAGGAGACGCACAAUGGAGGACAGUGGAGACACUGCCAAGCGCCGCUCAGCUCGGGUCAGAAACACAAAGUGCAAGAAGGAGGAGAAGAUUGACUUCCAGGAGCUGCUGUUCAAAUACCUACCAUCCAGGUAUUGUCAUGAAACCCCAAGGGAAAAAUAACAACGCAUUGCAAAUAUAUUGUUUUGGAUGGUGAUCAGGCUCUCCUGUUCCACUCAGACUAAAGAAGUUUGACCUUGAGGAUGAUGAUGAGAGCCUGAGUAACCUGGAAGCUCAGUGUGAAGUCAAGCAGGACUCCCAGCUGCUCCAUGGCACUAGCGGCAUGCCUUUAGACUCUAUUGAAUAUAUGGAAUCAGGUACAUGUCUUAUACAAUCCUCUACAUGAUUCAAAUGCGUUAAUGUCAAACAUCUUAUAGGAUUUACAUUACAUUGUCUUUCUUCAUCCCCAGAACAACAGGAUGUCCACAACUUCGUGCUCAAUAAUAUGAGCAAUGGUGGGAUAUUAGAGUUGAUGAUGCGCUAUCUGAAAGCGGUGGGUCAGAAGUUCAUGGAGGAGUGGCCUCGGGGGCUGACUGCAGUGGUGCUGGAGGUGUAUCACAGCUGGAGGAAGCACAGUAGCGGCCUCCCCAACCCUCUGCUCCGCGACUGCAGUAAUCAACACAUACGGGUAUGAGAUAGCCCAGGGAUCUAUUGUGACUCUCUCCUGAUUUGUUACUUUAUCAACAGUGUUUAAAUUGAAGUACCAAUGUUUUGUCAUCCCACCUAUUGCACCUGUCAAUUUGUCUGUAAAUUACUUGUAAUUGGUGUUUCAUGUGCAGGAAAUGUUUCUGAUGAGCCUAUCAUGUAUGGAGCUUCAGUUGGAGCAAUGGUCACACAGCAAAGGCAAAAAUGGUAUGUGUCAAAAAGAUUGCUUUACUUUGGUAUUCCUUUAUGAAAUAUCCAUAUUGGUUUCUUUCUUUUUGAAAAACCAUAUUGGUACUUAACCACACUGCCCUUUCCCACCUGGACAAAAGGAACACCUAUGUGAGAGUGCUGUUCAUUGACUACAGCUCAGCGUUCAACACCAUAGUGCACUCAAAGCUCGUCACUAAGCUAAGGACCCUGGGACUAAACACCUCCCUCUGCAACGGGAUCCUGGACCUGACGGUCCGCCCCCAGGUGGUAAGGGUAGGCAACAACACGUCUGCCACACUGAUCCUCAACACUGGGGCCCCUCUGGGGUGCGUGCUCAGUCCCCUCCUGUACUCCCUGUUCACCUACGACUGCGUGGCCAAACACGACUCCAACACAAUCAUUAAGUUUGCUGACGACACAACAGUGGUAGGCCUGAUCACCAACAACGAUGAGACAGCCUAUAGGGAGGAGGUCAGAGACCUGGCAAUGGUGCCGGGACAACAACCUCUCCCUCAAUGUGAGCAAGACAAAGGAGCUGAUCGUGGACUACAGGAAAAGGCGGGCCGAACACUCCCCCAUUAACAUCGACGGGGCUGUAGUGGAGCGGGUUGAGAGUUUCAAGUUUCUUGGUCACCAACAAACUAUCAUGGUCCAAACACACCAAGACAGUCGUGAAGAGGGCACGACAACACCUUUUCCCCCUCAGGAGACUGAAAAGAUUUGGCAUGGGUCCCCAGAUCCUCAAAAAGUUAUACAGCUGCACCAUCGAAAGCAUCCUGACCGGUUGCAUCACCGCCUGGUAUGGCAACUGCUCGGCAUCUGACCGUAAGGCGCUACAGAGGGUAGUGCGUACAGCCCAGUACAUCACUGGGGCCAAGCUUCCUGCCAUCCAGGACCUAUAUACUAGGCGGUGUCAGAGGAAAGCACAAAAAAUUGUCAAAGACUCCAGUCACCCAAGUCAUAGACUGUUCUCUUUCUACCGCACGGCAAGCGGUACCGGAGCGCCAAGUCUAGGACCAAAAGGCUCCUUAACAGCUUUUACCCCCAAGCCAUAAGACUGCUGAACAAUUAAUCAAAUGGCCACCCGGACUAUUUACACUGCUGCUACCCGCUGUUUUAUCUAUGCAUAGUCAGUUUACCCCUACCUGCAUGUACAAAUGACCUCGACUAACCUGUACACCCGCACAUUGACUCGGUACCGGUACCCCCUGUAUAUAGCCUCGUUAUUGUUCUUUUAUUGUGUUACUUUUUAUAAUUUUUUACUUUAGUUUAUUUGGUAAGUAUUUUCUUAACUCUUUCUUGAACUGUUGGUUAAAGGCUUAUAAGUAAGCAUUUCACGGUAAGGUAUUCGGCGCAUGUGACAAAUAAAGUUUGAUUUGAUAUAUUCCUUCCUUUUUCUUUUUGUAAAGGGUCCCCGAGAAAGUGCAGUGGAGGCCAGAGCAGUGUUGUGUGUGAUGCAGAGUUCCCAGGGCAGCACUUUGAAGGGGACCUGUUACAGCUGGCCCUGGGAUCAUCACAGGGGAACCUGUUUGAGGACAACUGGGUGGCCGUGGUGGUACGUGUUUACUGGCUCAAGGCACGCUUCUUGGCCCUGCAGGUAACCUUAACAUUCAUCCUGUAACCUCAUUUACCCCUGUUUUCUUUGGCAUGUUUACCAUAGCACAUACUUUUUUUUUCCUAGCAUCAUACCAAGUUGACCCCUUUCCUCAUAAAUCUCACAUUGAUUUGUCUUAAUUAUUUAAUCGAAUCUGAUCAACAUUUUCUGUUGAUGUGAUUCAUAACCUAAGACUUGUUUUGUGUACUUGUGUCCUCUCACAGGGAGACAUGGACCAGGCCCUGGAGAGCUAUGAUGUGUGUACAGACAUGCUGCAGAGUCACACACGGACCACAGAGGAGGACAAGUACACCAUCUACCUGCCCAACCUGCGUGUGGAUGCAGCCAUCUCAGUGGAGGAGGUCAGUGAACAGUAAAACUAGCGCACAUACCCUAUUUGAAUAACAUGCACUUGGCCCUCACGUGAUGUAUUAUUUUGUCCAACCAUCUCGUUAGAGCCUGUAGUUCCCCUGUGGUUUUGAGUUGUCUGGUUAAUCAGAAAGAGUUUCUUUCUCCAAACGGCAUGGACAGAUUGAUAAGAAGCUGAAGUCUCUGGAGCGUUGUCAGUCCCUGGAGGAGAUCCAGCGUCUGUUUGAGUCUGGGGACUAUGAGUCUGUGGUGCGGCUGCUGCAGCCCACCCUCAGCUAUGGCUCUGGGCGGGUCAAGCCUCUGGAGUUUGUCAGCUCUGUUCCUGAGAGGCCUGCCCAGCUGCUUCUGCUACAGGUUAGCGUCUGGAUUCAUACAGCAAUAGAUGUCUGGUGUCUUUUACAUGAGACUCUUCUUUUUAAGAAGUCUUUCUCUGUUUGGCAUGGCACUACUUAUCAGUGUGCUACUGACGUAGAAAGGACAAGCAGUGUUAUCGCUUAUCGCAUCAGUACAUUCUAUGAGCGUGAUGAAAUGUACAAUAAACAGCCAUUGAGACAUUUGUAGAUUUUUGACAUUUUUCCUCUUUUCUCUGCAUCUCUGUGCCCCAGAACUCCCUGUUGAAGCAGAAGGACUACCGUCAGUGUCUGGAGUGCACCGAGGUGGCCCUGAACGAAGCCCUGCAGCAGCUCAACGCUGUCCCAGCCAGCUCUCACUCGGCCAAAGAGGAAUGGGUGUCCACCAUCACAACGCUGCUGGGAGGCAUCGAGGUCUGCUUCACAGAGGACCCUCAACUCCUGAGCAACGUCAACCGCUACACCAGCAUGGCCCGGCUGGCCAACAACCUCAUCCAGGUCCGAUGUACACCGGGGCAACACUGACACUAAUGUAUCUGGUAGACACAGAGUGUGUUUGGAAACAGAAAAUCAUAUUCACAUUUGUUGUGUGUCUUGUCUCCAGCUGAUUGACUGCAUCAUGGUGAUCCCAGAUGAUCCCAAGGAGCCUAAUUUCUCCUCGGUCCUGCCCUGGAUUCUCCUGCACCACAUCAUCAAGCACGAGGAGACUGCUUUCAACUGCCUGCUUCGCCAGCACAUAUCUGUAGGGGACGAUGAAGGUAUGUGGUGGUGGAGUCCAUCAUGUUCAUAACUGCUAUGAUGUCCUGUUUAAAUACAUGUUGGAUGCCCUAAAAUGUCUUGUUGUUCCCUGUGACCCUCUUCAGAAGACUCUAACACCCCCAUGCUACCCUCCUCCCUGAUGCUGCUCAACACGGCCCAUGAGUAUCUGGGUCGCCGCUCCUGGUGCUGCAAGUCAGACGGAGCUCUGCUCAAGUUCUAUGUGAGUUGGUCAACAGGGCUGAGAUUGUGUGGACAUCCUUUGUCAGCUCAGUCAAUUCCUUCUGUUUUGUUUACCUAUGAUAUGGCUUUGAUUAGUUUCUAAUAGCUUUCAAAGUAUUUUUCAUAGUUUAAUCAGGAUAGAACGUAACUAGUGUUGUCUUCACGUUCAUGGUUCAGGUUCGUGUUCUGGAGAAGGAGCUGGCUGUCUCUAAAGCGGAGCCCACCCAUCCCUACAAAGAGGAGUUGGAGAUGGCCUUGGAGCAGUGCUUCUACUGCCUGUACGCCUACCCCAGCAAGAAGAGCAAGGCCCGCUAUCUAGAGGAGCACUCCGCUCAACAGGUCAAACACCCAGCCCUCUUAAAGGGAUACUGUGAGAUUCUGGCAUUUAAGCCCUUGCUUUACUUACGCUGCACGCAGAGACAUAAAAAUGGUAUCCACGAGUUCAUCUGACUCUGGGUAAGUAGAACAAGGGCUUGAAUGCCAGAAUCCAACAGUAUCCCUUUAAUGUCAUAUUACUGACUCUCCUUUAACUUUCAAUGCCGUUCACAUUUCUGGUUUUGUCCUAUUGUUUUGAGAGAGGAUAAGCUAAUGUAAAUCAUGUAAGAUCAUGUAAUAUGUUCAACUGGCUUCUAGGUGGCUGUCAAUGCCACAUGAGGUUGUUUACACACUGGGAUUGGCUUGAAGUGUAACUGUGAUAUGCAGUAAUUGCAUGAUGAAUAGACUGCUCCUAAGGGACCAGGUUAAUUAGUUAAUGAAUGCAAUCCCCUGACUAAUUAACUACUGGUUGGUCAUCCGAGCCAUAAGAUCCAGGGACUCCACUAGAACGGGUCAACACAUGAGUAAGCAUGCAAUUGAUUUACUUUCAGGGAAUUUGAAUGAUAUUAAUUAUCUGGCUGCCUCUGCUUAAGAAUGUACCAGCCAGUGCUGUUAAUCCCUUCUCAUGCUAGAGGAAAUCACCAGGGUUUCAGUUAGGAACAGUUGAAUCUUAGGGCAAUCUCUUUGGGGGCUGAGUAAAAAAAAAACACAUAUGUAUGCGUUAAUAUAAUAAUUAUACAGAUCUUUUUUUUUUAACAGUACAAUACAAUGGUUUUUCUUAUCGUCAUAACUAAAUGUGCCUUUGUAUGGAGUGCAGGUGGAACUCCUGUGGAGCAAUGCCCUCUUCAUGUUCCAGUACUUCAAGCCCAAGACUCUGCCUGAGUUUGACAGCUACAAGACGAGCACGGUGUCUGCUGACCUGGCCAACCUGCUGAAGAGGAUCUCUGGCAUUGUGCCCCGAAGUGACACUCCCAUCCUCACCAUGGACGAGGUGUCAGCCUACAUCGAGGGCACGGCUGGAAAGGUCAGUACAGGGCAUUUAUGAGUCACAAAUGCUAAUUGACUGUACGUAGCCUCAACCUGGCUUUACGUGUUGCCAUGGAGAAGUCUUUAGGCCUGUACAGCACUUCAUGACCAUUCAUUAUAGACACUGUACAAGUCAUUAUCCAUUCAAAUAUAUGUCUGAUUUACAAAUGGAAUGUACAAAUGUACAAGAUUCUAGUGGAAUCUGUAAGACUGAUGUCAGACCUGACAGGAGCAGCAUAGUAGAUCAUGAGGAGAUCAUCCAGUGGUUCUUCCCACCCAGGAGCCAGUACCUUGCCUUCCUGAGGGGGGCGCUCCAGCACCCCCUGUGGUCAAUGAGAUCUUCUACCUCCUGGCUGACUACCACUUCAAGAACAAGGAGCAGUCCAAGGCCAUCAAGUUCUAUAUGCAUGACAUCUGUGUUUGUCCAAACAGGUCAGUUCUAUUGUUUGCUGCUAUAGUUCUAUUGUUGCUAUAGUAUACACAUUUUAAGCAGCUCAACAUGAAUAUAUGAGGUUUUUUUUACCUACAAGGGGAAUUCUAAAUGGUGUGGGUGAUGAUACUCCCAUGGCAUGAUUCAUUCUAUGGUUGUAGGUUUGACUCCUGGGCUGGCAUGGCUCUGGCGAGGGCCAGCCGCAUCCAGGACAAGCUCAACUCCAACGAGCUGAAGAGCGAUGGCCCCAUUUGGAAGCACUCCCUGCCUGUGCUCAACUGCUUUAAGAGGGCCCUGGAGAUCAACAGCUCCAACCUGGCUCUGUGGAUCGAGUACGGCACCAUGUCCUACGCCCUGCACUCCUUCGCCUCACGCCAACUCAAACAGUGGAGGAGCGCGCUGCCCGCUGAGGUCGUCAAACAGGUGCAGUGGACAGACCAGUGUAUAGAAUACUCAUAUGCACUGUAUUCUGUUCUACUUCUUUAAACUAAAUGAUGUCACACCCUGUCACUUCUGGUCAUCAUGUGUCUGAAUUAAUUGUUUAGUCAAUUGAACUGUCUAGUGUAGGCAAAUCACUGCUGACAGUAGUGGAUAUAAUGUGUAUGUGUGUGUUUUUCAGAUGGAGGAGAGGAGAGAUACCAUGCUGGAGACGUCGUCCCAGUGUUUCCAGGGGGCGUCUCGGUGUGAGGGGGAUAGUGAUGAGGAAGAGUGGCUCAUCCAUUACAUGCUGGGGAAGAUAGCUGAGAAACGCAAGCAGCCACCCCGGGAAUACGUCGAGCUCUACAAACAGGUGCACAGCAGGGGAAACUAUCUGUGGACUCAAGUGAUUCAUAGGUCUGCCUUGCAGACUAGUAUUUGUACAGACAGGGGAUGUCCAGGUAGGCCAGUACGGUGGAAGGGGUGAUGGGGAAAUUGGGAAGUCAGAGGUCAGAUAAUGUAGCUCUGUCUGUAUGUCUUUCCCUGUUACCUUCACUGCUUCUUUACCUCUCCAGACCCAGUUCUUACAUUCUAUAGCUCCAUUCUAUAACUUAGAAUCACUGUGUAUCUCUGUUUGUUUUUCUGUUUUUCCAAUACAUGUCUUUUGCAUUGUGUUUUGCUGCUCUGUUAUAACAAGUCUAACACAAUGUCAUCAAUUUAUUAAGCAAUAUGUGUGAAAGGAUGAUAUCUGACCAUUGAAUGAUAUUGACCAUGGAAACCAGUGUUUCAUUGUGUGUAACACCCAUCAGAUGAGAUUGAGCAGUGUCUGAUGCUCUCUCCUCUCUUUCUCUUCCCACGCAGGCAGCACAUUAUCUGCAUGAGGAGGCUGCCAGAUACCCUCGGAAAAUACACUACCACAAUCCCCCUGACUUGGCUAUGGAGGCCCUGGAGGUACACAUGCUUUAGACCAGAGGGUUUCUAGCUCCGGUCCCUACUGGGCCAUAAUGUACAAUUGUGCUUUUGCACAUGAAGAAACCAAUUUUAAAAAAUACAGUUUAUUGCUGUAUUCAUCUAGAACAGUGGUAUUCAAAGUCGGGGUCGCGGAGGAACUGCAGUGGGGUCGUCCCAAAAAAUUAAAUAAAUUAAUAGUAUAUCGUAUUGUAUGGGACAAUAAACAUACAUAUAUAUAUAUAUAUAUACUACCGGUCAAAAGUUUUAGAACACCUAGUCAUUCAAGGGUUUUUCUUUAUUUUUACUAUUGUGGAGUAAUAGUGAAGACAUCAAAACUAUGAAAUAACAUAUGGAAUCAUGUAGUAACCAAAAAGUGUUAAACAAAUCAAAAUAUAUUUUAUAUUUGAGAUUCUUCAAAUAGCUACCCUUGAUGACAGCUUUGCACACUCUUGGCAUUCUCUCAACCAGCUUCACCUGGAAUGCUUUUCCAACAUUCUUGAAGGAGUUCCCACAUAUGCUGAGCACUUGUUGGCUGCUUUUCCUUCUCUCUGUGGUCCGACUAAUCCCAAACCAUCUCAAUUUGGUUGAGGUCGGGGGAUUGUGGAGGCCAGGUCAUCUGAUGCAGCACUCCAUCACUCUCCUUCUUGGUAAAAUAGCCCUUACACAGCCUGGAGGUGGGUUGGGUCAUUGUCCUGUUGAAAAUCAAAUGAUUGUCCCACUAAGCCCAAACCAGAUGGGAUGGUGUAUCGCUGCAGAAUGCUGUGGUAGCCAUGCUGGUUAAGUGUGCCUUGAAUUCUACACAAAUCACUGACAGUGUCACCAGCAAAACACCACCACCUCCAUGCUUUACGGUGGGAAAUACACAUGCGGAGAUAAUCUGUUCACCCACACCGGUUGGAACCAAAAAUCUCAAAUUUGGACUACAAACUUCCACUGGUCUAAUGUCCAUUGCUCGUGUUUCUUGGCCCAAGCAAGUCUCUUCUUCUUAUUGGUGUCCUUUAGUAGUGGUUUCUUUGCAGCAAUUCGACCAUGAAGGCCUGAUUCACACAGUCUCCUCUGAACAGUUGAUGAUGAGAUGUGUCUGUUACUUGAACACUGAAGCAUUUAUUUGGGCUGCAAUUUCUGAGGCUGGUAACUCUAAUGAACUUAUCCUCUGCAGCAGAGGUAACUCUGGGUCUUCCAUCCUGUGGCGGACCUCAUGAGAGCCACUUUCAUCAUAGCGCUUGAUGGUUUUUGCGACUGCACUUGAAGAAGCCUUCAAAGUUAUUUAAAUGUUCCGUAUUGACUGACCUUCAUGUCUUAAAGUAAUGAUGGACUUUUGUUUCUCUUUGCUUAUUUGAGCUGUUCUUGCCAUAAUAUGGACUUGGUCUUUUACCAAAUAGGGCUAUCUUCUGUAUACCACCCCUACCUUGUCACAACACAACUGAUUGGCUCAAACGCAUUAAGAAGGAAAGAAAUUCCACAAAUUAACUUUUAACAAGGCACACCUGUUAAUUGAAAUGCAUUCCUGAAGCAGGUUGAGAGAAUGCCAUGAGGGUGCAAAGCUGUCAUCAAGGCAAAGGUUGGCUACUUUGAAGAAUCUCAAAUAUGAAAUAUAUUUUGAUUUGUUUAACACUUUUUUGGUUACUACAUGAUUCCAUAUAUGUUAUUUCAUAGUUUUGAUGUCUUCACUAUUAUUCUACAAUGUAGACAAUUGUAAAACAUAAAGAAGAACCCUUGAAUGACUAGGUGUUCUAAAAUGUUUUACCUGUAGUGUGUGUAUGUGUUAUGUAGUAAAUGUAUUUAUUGGUUUCUUUUCAUUUUGAUAAGAGAUGAACAUGUAAUGAAUUGAAUAUUAUUUGUUGAUGUAAAAAUGUAUAGAUUUUUUUUUAUAAGGUUGUGUCAUUAGAUAAUAAUAAUAAUAUGCCAUUUAGCAGACGUUUUUAUCCAAAGCGACUUACAGUCAUGCGUGCAUAAAUUUUAACGUGUGGGUGGUCCCAGGAUCGAACCCACUACCCAGGCGUUACAAGCGCCAUGCUCUACCAAUUGAGCUACAGAGGACCAUGACGGUCAUGAGGAUUUAUUUUAGAAAAAAUGGUGUCCCCAGAAAUUCUGGUGAAAAAAAUGGGGUAACUGCUGAAAAAGUUUGAAUAACGCUGAUCUAGAAUGAAUUACAUGUAAGUGUCCUUUUUGUGUAAUAGUAGAUAUGUAGAGAGAGUAUACCGUAUCUUAAUAAAUCCCUUUGACUCUCUGGCAUCUCUCCCUCAGCUGUACUUCCGUCUGAGUGCCACCAUCCUAAAGCUGCUGGAGGCUGAGGAACCGGACCUGGAGCAUGAGAUCUUCUUCAACAUCCUCGCUGAGGCAGCCACCGGACCCUUCGCCAGGGGGGAAGAGAAGAGCAUGCCCAGGUCCCACGAAAAGUGAGGGGGCCUCAACCUUAGCCUGGGAUCUAUGCUCUUUGUUAUGAAACUCAUUCUGUGACUCACCUACAAAUCAAAAGAAAAACCUGAAAUUCCCCCACUCUGGCCCAACCUUUUGUUUUGUCCCCCUCUCUCUCACCUCAGGGAGAAGCCCCUCUCCAUGAUGGACGAGGACUCCCACUGCUCUGUGUCGUCUGUGUGCGCUGCGGCGGAUGUUCAUGGGGCCUCCCUCCCCUCCAACGCUGCAGGUCUGACAUCCCCACCUUACACGGCCACUCCGGUCGACCACGAUUACGUCAAACGUAAAACCCUCAGGCGGCAGCAGCAGCAGACGUGGCAGCAGCAGCAUGAGGAGCAGCAGCAGGCUGAUGGUACAGUCCCAGUCCUAGACUCUGCCUCUGGGCCUCUGGGCCCUUCCUUCACUGGGCUGGGUGAGGAAUCUCACUGGGCUGGGGAGUAGUGGUGGUUAGAAGGUACAUCACUAUGAUGAUAAUGGGUCUGGUUCCAGUAAGGACCCCAUAUGCACUGGGUGAUUGGGAUAUCAUGGUAAAAUGGGCAAUAUGGCAUCUCAGGAUAUGUGGACAACAGCGUUUAGUUUAAGCAAACAGGUGUGAAGGUUGAGUUUGGCAGACAGUGUCCUGGCGUGUGUGUUGUAAUAUAUAGUCAAUAUUUAGACUUCUGUGGUUGUCACCCUCUUCUUUUCCCUUCUUUCCCAUUUCCCUUGCUUCUCCUUUUGAUGACAUCACCAUUUUCUAUUGCAAAUUCAGGAGACCUUGUGUCCCUGCAUAGAUCAUUUUCUCAUCGCCUCUUAUGAAGCAAUUUUGACAAUAGAUCCUGAUUUUAUCAUAUGCUCUUUUGAUUUUAGCUUUUGAUUUCAUCAGGUGUUUCUGAUGGCUAUUCUUACUAUUCAAAUAAUCAUAGCAAGGUAAUUUUUUAUGAAAAUAAUCCAAGCGGUUUGCUAGCGAUCACAUUAGACUUGGUUGCCAAUAUGUUAUAGUGGGUAAUGGCCAGUAAAAUAGAGCUCUGUCCCGGACACAGCAGGCUUUUAGUGUGUUGUUGACUUUAGACCCGCUGUUACAAUCCCAGAGCCACAGACAAGACACAGCCAGGUUUCCAUUGAGAGGUUUUACCUGAUCCUAGUGAACAGUUGCUGAAUUGCUUGAGGUACCUCACAGUACCUGUUAAUGGCAUCUCACUGCAUCUUCACUUGAAACAACUGAGCUGAAUUGAAGAUUGUCACACACUGACAGGACACUUCUAGACACAAAAGCUUGUCUUUAAACAAAUAUUAUCUGUCAAGGAAAGUUUGGUAGCUGCACUGACACUUGGAACUGAAAAAAACCUAUGGUUCAGAAUUCUGCCUGUUACUGUGUGUGCAGUUGGAUUACUAAACCAGUCUAGUGCUUGUGCAGUACUGUAUGAGUAUUACUGAUGAUUGUUUUACUAGUGGCAGCAGACCUGUCAGUUGGAGCUGUAGGAGGAGGGAAAGGGGAAAAGGGGCUGAUUUUGUAUUUUAUUUAACCUUUAUUUAACUAGGCAAGUCAGUUAAGAACAAAUUAUUAUUUACAAUGACGGCCUACACCGGCCAAACCCGGACGACGCUGGGCCAAUUGUGUGCCGCCCUAUGGGACUCCCAAUCACGGCCGGUUGUGAUACAGCCUGGAAUCGAACCAGGGGGUCUGUAGUGACGCCUCAAGCACUGAGAUGCAGUGCCUUAGACCGCUGCGCCACUCGGGAGCUUUUAGAGUACACACUAUUCUUUUGUUUUAAAAGACUGUAGUGGGGUGAAUCAGUCACCUUGUAAAGAGUAAUUUCAAAUAUUCUACUUUACUAGACCUACACUGUCCACAUGCAGACAAUAUUAGCAUACAAUAUAACAGCAUGUUUAGAGAUCCUUCAGUACAAGGGAGGCAGCUUUUCAAAAUGAAUUACAAAGAAGAUAUAUCAGUUAAUGCACUGAUGCAACUUUGCUUUACAUUUUAGCGCUUAGUAUUGCAUGACAACAGUAGUGUGAUGGAAGACAAAAGCAGUUUACUCUUAACUCCCAAUUGCCGGUGGUGAGAUGAUUGUCUGCUUCACCAAAGUGUGUAUAAAAAUGCACCAAAUCUCAGCGCACUAAACCUAUGUUUACAUUUACGGACCAUUCUUAAGAGCAUAUUUUACAGAGGGGAAGCGAUCAUGUAAAAAUAUAAUGUACAAAAGAGUGUGUGAUUGUCCAUUUGUACUUAGUAGGAAGUUCUAUAUAUUCCUGAAAAAAGCUGAAAUGCUUUUCCCUUAUAGAAACAUACAAUAAUGUACAAUUGGCUCCUGUUUCCCAUAAUUUCAAUGAUAUGCAGCAUUGUUUACUAUGUUUGUUACAUUGUUGCAAAGACGUCAAGGGGUAAAAACAAAUAUUUGCCAUGAGUGAAAAGAUACAGUAUCAUUGAAUGAAUGCUGUUGUAAUUAUUGAACAAAAAUAUAAAACGCAACAUGCAACAAUUUCAAAGAUUUUACUGAGUUACAGUUCAUAUAAGGAAAUUAGUCAACUGAAAUAAAUUCAUUAGGCCGUAAUCUAUGGAUUUCACAUGACUGGGAAUAUACAGAUAUGCAUCUGUUGGUCACAGAUUAUAUAUAUAUUUUUUAAAAUAGGCGCGUGUCUUGUGUGACCACCAUUGCCUCAUGCAACGUGACACAUCUCCUUCACAUAGUUGAUCAGGCUGUUGAUUGUGGCCUGUGGAAUAUUGUCCCACUCCUCUUCAAUGGUUGUGCAAAGUUGAUGGGUAUUGGCGGGAACUGGAACAAGCUGUCGUACACGUUGAUCCAGAGUAUCCCAAACAUGAUCAAUGGGUGACAUGUCUGGUGAGUAUGCAAGCCAUGGAAAAACUGGGACAGUUUAAGCUUCCAGGAAUUGGGUACAGUUCCUUGCGACAUGGGGCCUUGCAUUAUCAGGCUGAAACAUGAGGUUAUGGCAGCGGGUAAAUGGCACGACAAUUGGCCUCAGGAUCUCAUCACGGUAUCUCUGUGCGUUCAAAUUGCCAUAGAUAAAAUGCAGUUGUGUUCGUUGUCCGUAGCUUAUGCCUGCCCAUACCAUAACCCCACCGCCACCAUGGGGCACUCUGUUCACAACGUUGACAUCAGCAAUCUGCUCACCCACACAACGCCACACACGCUGUCAGCCAUCUGCCCGGUACAGUUGAAAUCGGGAUUAAUCCGUGAAGUCCACACUUUUCCAAUGUGCCAGUGGCCAUCGAAGGUGAGCGUUUGCCCACUGAAGUCGGUUACGACGCCAACUGCAGUCAGGUCAGACCCUGGUGAGGACAACAAGCACGCAGAUUAGCUUCCCUGAGACGGUCUCUGACAGUUUGUGCAGAAAUUCUUUGGUUGUGCAAACCCACAUUUCAUCAGCUGUCCGGGUGGCUGGACUCAGACGAUCCCGCAGGUUAAGAAGCCGGAUAUGGAGGUCCUGGGCUGGCAUGCUUACACGUGGUCUGCGGUUAUGAGGCCGGUUGGACAUACUGCCAAAUUCUCAAAAACAAUGUUGGUGGUUUAUGGUAGAGAAAUGAACAUUUAAUUAUCUGGCAACAGCUCAGGUGGACAUUCCUCCAGUCAGCAUGCCAAUUGCACGCUCCCUCAAAACUUGAGACAUCUGUGGCAUUGUGUUGUGUGACAAAACUGCACAUUUUAGUGUCCUUUUAUUGUCCCCAGCACAAGGUGCACCUGUGUAAUGAUCAUGCUGUUUAAUCAGCUUCUUUUUAUGCCACACCUGUCUGGUGGAUGGAUUAUCUUGGCAAAGGAGAAAUGCUCACUAACAGGGAUGUAAACAAAUUUGUGCACAGAAUUUUAGAGAAAUAAGCUUUUUGUGUUUAUGGAACAUUUCUGGGAUCUUUUUAUUUCAGCUCAUGAAACAUGAACAACACUUUACAUGUUGCGUUGAUAUUUUUGUUCAGUAUAAAUUGACCAUUCAUUACAAACAGCCUUGCAAAAUAUCUUGGCAUUAUGUACUGUAAAAACAGCCUUUGGUAUUUUGUUUUCCCCCCUGUGCCCUGUUUAGCUUGAAUGUCUGACUACUGCAGCCAUAUUGCCCAUGUUGCCAGUUUUUCUGUCACCUUUUCCAGAUUCCUUCCUACCUACCUACCUACCUACCCACCUGCCUGCUACCUCUCUGCCUGCUUGCUUCUGCCACCUGCUUUGUCAUUUAUAUGCAUGUGGAUCCCAAGGGAUGAAUGCUGCCAGUGGACAAAUUCAGUCCUCUCACAAACAAUCCACUAAAUGGUCCAUGGGCUACUAUUUGGCUUGGGUUUGGUGUUGCUUACUUUUGUAAUAGAGAUCUUAACCUAUUUGAUUGUAUUUGAAAGUUAAACCAUGAUUACUAUGAUUACCUUUUGCAGUUGUUUUAAAUUGAUAUUUACAUUUUAGUCAUUGAGCAGACGCUCUUAUCCAGAGCGACUUACAGUUAGUGCAUUCAUCUUAAGAUAGCUAGGUGGGACAUUCACAUGUCAUACAUAGUACAUGUUUCCUCAAUAAAGUAGCUUACUAUCAGCAAAGUCAGGGCUAGUAUAAUGAUAUAAUGCCAAAUCAGUCCGAAUGUGGUUUGCCAGUGGGUGCCAAGCCCUUCCUGCUUGAUGCCUGUUUGAAGCACAUCAUGGUAACAGCAAUAUGUCAGCAAUUAUGGGGAGUAGAGGCAGCAGUGCUGUUCUCAAUUGAAACAUAUGUGUGAUCGAGGAAACAAAACGUGUACUGUAAUAUCAUGUCUAAUUGUCAAAUGAGGAAUGCAGCAUUUUUGUUAGUUUAUUUUUUUUAAAGCAUACUCCCGAUAUCUUCAACAGCCACCCCAGAACUUGACCAUGAUUACUGCCUGCCCAGGUCUCCAAUGUGGCUGGCAACCCUGAAUGGUACUGCACUUAAGACCCUCCCACAAACUGCUCUUAUAUCCAUAUUCAGGACAUUACAGAGUAUCAUUCACGAUUUUAGGGACACAUUUGCUCAGUGUAAAAGUGUCCGGAAAUCAGUUCCACAAAAUUCGUCACUACCCCACACUUUUCUUUUUAAGGGGCAGUCCUUCUUGCAACACCUAUAUCAGCUAUAUUUGUACAUUUAGCUAAUUACAGUGAAUCUUUAACAAGUCCCCUGAGCUCCUUUCACAGAGCUUUGUUGCCUUCCUGCUAAUUUGGUUAUUGUCUGCAGAGGACUUCAGCUUCUUGCUGAGGUUGUACAAUGUGCUUAUUAUGAAGAAUGCUGGCACCUAGUUUUUAGGUAGCUUGGGUGCUGUUUAAAGGCAGAGGCCUCCCUCAAAGCAUGACUAAGGUCUGGAUAUUUUUGUGUUUAUAUGAUUACUGUACUGCUACUGUAAUGGCUGUCCUGCUGAUGAUCCUGAUGAUGUUUGCAUAACUAGAGAUACUUUACUACACACUUACUCCCUUUUUCAUUCUUGGGAUACAAGUACCUAUUUUAUUCCUGAAUGAAAACCUUAACUGCUUUGUGAUUGAUCCCUUGAUAACCCAGAGGAAUAGGUUGGGUGUCAGUGGCCCAUCCAUGGGGAAUGGCUGGUCCAUGCAUGUGACUGGCACCCAUGCCAGACCUGUGUUUGUGUUUGACCCCUGGCAGAGCGCAGUCAGGACAGUGUGGUGGUGAUGCUGUCUGACUCCAACUCCACCCAGGAUGCCUUCACAGACCCCGCCAGCUCCCAGGACAGUAGCCAUGUUAAGCUGCAGUCUCAGUCUGGAAAGGGCAGUACGUCUUCAUCUGAGAACACCACCCCCAUCAAGGAGGGCCAGCCUACAGUUGAAGACACAGGUGGGUGUUGUUCCUUUUAUCCUGAAAUGCUGUAAAGGAAAUUAGUUCUACCCGAACACCAGCUUUAGUAUUUGCUAAAUGGGGAUGUUCUUUAGUGAUAUUGUGAGCCAAUGACUGUUGUGUUUAUAGAGGGGACAGGACAUAUUGAGAAUGGAUCAUGUUAAUGUUUCUCUCCUCUUCAAACCCUCAAUUCCUCAAGGCUCACAAGGGGGAAGAAGCAACGAGGGCGGGACUGUAAUCUUGCUGGAGGUCAAAGAACAACUCCAAGAAGUAGAAGACACAAUGUCAGUGACCGUACCUGAGGCUGAUGCCCUAAAGCCGACCAUAGAUCCCUGCCCUCAUCCACUGCCUGUUCCAUCCACCCCACCAAAGGCCUCGUCCACUCCCCAGGCCACCCCCCAAACCCCCACUCCCCAGGCCACCCCGCAGACUCCCGCCAGCGAUGGGAAGAGCCGUCACCAGAGGUGGCCCGAGCCCCCUCCAGAGGUGGUGGAGGUGCCCAAGGCCCUUCCCGCAGAGCGGAAUGAACAGCGCCACAUGCUGGUGGAGAUGUGUGUCCGUGCUCUCUUCCUCUGCCUGAGCCGCUUCCCUCAGCACUACAAGAGCCUCUACCGCCUGGCCUUCUUCUACACCAACAGCAAGACCCAACAGGUUAGUUAGCCCACCCUCCCUCCAUAUCAUGCAUGGUCACUAACAUUCAUUCACAGAAUGUUUAGACAGGAAAAUUAAACAAUUUAUAUACCAGACCGUAAACCUAUCAUCAGUGGCAUUACAUCUGACAUUUAAAUCCCUCAAACCAUGAAUCUGGUUUACACCAUUGCCUCAAGUAUGGUAUAUUGGUAUUCAAAUAGAUGGUGUUUUUUGAAGAAUUGUAUGUCUGCAGUUCGUUUGGCUUGGACUCUGCAUUUCUCUUGUCAAUUGUGUCAGUUUGCCUGUGGGACUGUGUGGUUUAUGUGACAGUACAGAAGGUGCUGAAACAGGAGAGUGUGCUUUGUACACAAGGCUCUGUGGGCAGAGGUGUGCGUGGGUGGCAGCAGCGCAGUUCUCUCUCAGCCAGGUUUGGCACAGCGAGACUGCGUAAUGUCGUGACGUCCUACAGUCAGCAUUUUGCCAGUCAGACCCUUUUAUGGGGACUGCUGGUCUCAAUUCAAUGAAGUUGGGUUAGCCAAUUGCCAGGGCAGAGUUCUGGCCAUUGGUAACAGUUCACUAUGCUGUUUUCUUUAAUAACCUUUUGAGACUUAUGUAGCUCUCCUCAGACCAUGCUGUUCAUCUUGAGGUUAGAGGAUUUAUUCAGUCAGGUAGACUGACCUGGGCCCCUCACUGUCUGUAUUUUACUGCCCCAGUGUUUUAGAUUUGACAAAAAUUGAUAAUAUACAGUUGGCUGGGUUUUCCGUGCAUCGGCAGGGCAGAACAGCUACGUCCUGUAAGGCUAGGGGUGGGGAUGUGAGUCUAUUUGUCAAUAAUAGCUGGCGCGCAAUGUCUAAUAUUAAGGUAGUCUCGAGGUAUUGCUCGCCUGAGGUAGAGUACCUCAUGAUAAGCUGUAGACCAUACUAUCUACCAAGAGUUUUCAUCUAUAUUUUUCGUAGCCGUCUUAUUUACCACCACAAACUGACGCUGGCACUAAGACCGCACUCCACGAGCUGUAUAAGGCCAUAAGCAAACAAGAAAAUGCUAAUCCAGAAGUGGCGCUCCUAGUGGCCGGGGACUUUAAUGCAGGCAAACUUAAAUCCGUUUUACCUCAUUUCUACCAGCAUUUCACAUGUGCAACCAGAGGGGAAAACAACUCUAGACCACCUUCACUCCACACACAGAGACGCGUACAAAGCUCGCCCUCCAUUUGGCUAAUCUGACCAUAUUUCUAUCCUCCUUAUUCCUGCUUACAAGCAAAAACUAAAGCAGGAAGUACCAGUGACUCGCUCAAUAUGGAAGUGGUCAGAUGACGCGGAUGCUACAUUACAGGACUGUUUUGCUAGCACAGACUGGAAUAUGUUCCGGGAUUCAGCCAAUGGCAUUGAGGAGUAUACCACCUCAGUCACCGGCUUAAUCAAUAAGUGCAUCGACGACAUCGUCACCACAGUGACCGUAUGUACAUAUUCCAACCAGAAGCCAUGGAUAACAGGCAACAUCCGCACCGAGCUAAAGGCUAGAGCUGCCGCCUUCAAGGAGCGGGACACUAAUCUUAUAAGAAAUCCCGCUAUGCCCACAGACGAACCAUCGAACAGGCAACGCGUCAAUACAGCACUAAAAUUUAAUCCUACUACACCGGCUCUGACGCCCUUCGGAUGUGGCAGGGCUUGCAAACUAUUACGGACUACAGGGAAACCCAGCCACGAGCUGCCCAGUGACACAAGCCUACCAGACGGGCUAAAUGCCUUUUUAUGCUCGCUUUGAGGCAAGCAGCACUGAAGUAUGAAUGAGACCACCAGCUGUUCCGGACGACUGUGUGAUCACGCUCUCCGUAGCCGAUGUGAGCAAGACCUUUAAACAGGUCAACCUUCACAAGGCCGCGGGGCCAGACGGAUUAGCAGGACAUGUACUCAGAGCAUGUGCAGACAAACUGGCAAGUGUCUUCACUGACAUUUUCAUCCUCUCUCUGACAGUCUGUAAUACCUACAUGUUUCAAGCAGACCACCAUAGUCCCUGAGCCCAAGAAAGCGAAGGUAACCUGCCUAAAUGACUACCGCCCCGUAGCACUCACGUCGGUAGCCAUGAAGUGCUUUAAAAGGCUGGUCAUGGCUCAUAUCAACACCAUCAUCCCGGAAACCCUAGAACCACGCCAAUUCGCAUACCGCCCCAACAGAUCCACAGAUGACGCAAUCUCAAUCGCACUCCACACUGCCCUUUCCCACCUUGACAAAAGGAACACCUAUGUGAGAAUGAUGAUAAUUGACUACAGCUCAGCGUUCAACACCAUAGUGCCCACAAAGCUCAUCACUAAGCUAAGGACCCUAGGCUUAAACACCUCCCUCUGCAACUGGAUCUUGGACUUCCUGAUGGGCCGUCCCCAGGUGGUAAGGGUAGGCAACAACACAUCUGCCACACUGAUCCUCAACAGGGGGCCCCUCAGGGGUGCGUGCUUAGUCCCCUCCUGUACUCCCUGUUCACCCACGACUGCGUGGCCGCGCACGACUCCAACACCAUCAAUACGUUUGCUGACGACAAUGGUGGUAGGCCUUGUUUUUACACUGCUGCUACUCGCUGUUUAUUAUCUAUGCAUAGUCACUUUACCCCUACCUACAUGUGCAAAUCACCUCGACUAACCUGUACCCCCUCACAUUGACUCUGUACCAGUACUCCCUGUAUAUAGCCUCAUUAUUGUUAUUUUAUUGUGGUAUCUUUUACUUUAGUUUAUUUAGUAAAUAUUUUCUUAACUCUAUUUUCUUAAAACUGCAUUGUUGGUUAAGGGCUUAUAAGUAAGCAUUUCACGGUAAGGUAUUCGGCGCAUGUAACAAAUAUAAUUUUAUUUUAUCAUAAUGCAUUUUUGAAAAUUAGCUACAACAUGCUGUACCUAAUGAAUACAACACAGCUUUGGUGACACCCUUGUCUCAAAAACGAAUGGUUUUGACCGCUGGAACUUUUGGAAAUUAAGCUUCUCAUCUCGACCGUGCCGUUCUGCUUGUAAAAUUAUUACCAACUUUACACACUUGAUGUAAAAAUUAGAAGCUGUUAUCGGGUUAACUAUAUAUACUUGAAUAUCAAGUUGAAACUUCCAUGUCAAUAACUUGACUUCAGCUACAGUCACUUUGUACUGUUAAACUACAGUUAGUAGUGUCCAUCAGAGCUGCUAUGACAGGGAACAAGGGAACAGAACAGUGUUAGGUAGUGGAUGAUGCAGGGGAACAGAACAGUGUUAGGUAGUGGAUGAUGCAGGGGAACAGAACAGUGUUAGGUAGUGGAUGAUGCAGGGGAACAGAACAGUGUUAGGUAGUGGAUGAUGCAGGGGAACAGAACAGUGUUAGGUAGUGGAUGAUGCAGGGGAACAGAACAGUGUUAGGUAGUGGAUGAUGCAGAUGAAAAUGAGAGAUUCAAACAAACUUGUUGUAUGAUGCAGCCUAAAGUCUUCACCUUUUUUAGUCUUGUCUGUGGUUUAUGUGGUUUGCCUCUUGAGGGACCGUUUUCAUAUCCCCAGUCUUCUGAUUUAUGUUUUAUGUUUUCCCAGAAUCUGCGGUGGGCACGAGAUGUGUUGCUAGGAAGCAGUGUCCCAUGGCAACAGCUGAAGCACAUGCCAGCACAAGGACUUUUCUGUGAGAGGAACAAGACAAACCUGUUCAAUGUAAGUUCACCAAGCCAGCUCUGCCAUCAAGGUCCUGUUACUCACCUGGCUAACAUUACUAUGCACCAGUCCUGGUUCUCAGUUUGUUUUACAGUUUGGAAAGUGAACAGUUCUUUUUUUGAAUAUUGCAAACUCAAUGGUAAAUUACAGAAUUUACACACAAUUUGACAUCUAAUCAGAAGUCAGUGAUUGGAAGGAAAUGCUGAGAGUUCAUUUGGCGUGUCUUCCAAUAGACUUCCUCCUCGACUUAUAGCAAUAACAUUCUGCACCAGGAGAGACCCUUAAUAGCUAAAACAAUGGAGGGAGAACUGAGAGAUUCCAACAUCAGUUGUUUUAAAGCUUCAAAAUUAAAAGGGUACUUUUGGGAAUUACAUACUCAGUGUGUCCACCUUCUCAUCACAUCUGUUGUAAGUCCUCCAAGAGAUAUUUCCCCUUGCUGCAACUAUUUUUAGUCCCAGUGAUCCAUGCAAUAUGUUCUUAGCAUAUUAUUGUAUGGUUGCUUUUAGCCUAAUUGUGGAAUCCCAGGUAACACUGUCAUGAAUGGAAGCAUGUGUGGAGGGAGGGCUGUGGAGUGUGUCGUCUCUUCCACACGCCAGUCAUUUACCUCCUUUUGACUUGAAUGAAAUCCCCAUGGAAGCAGGUAUCGGUGUUAUUCUGAUGUGGGGCAUGUGGUCGUUAGGUUUUCAUCAUGUUUUAGCCUUGUUAUAGGAGAGGAACACAUUUUUGAGCCUAAUCCUAUUUUGAGAUCUGCAUGUCCAAUUUGAACUUUCACACAAAUUCACAUUGACACGAAGGCAAUGUUUACUCUAAAGCCUAAAGAGUUACUUGCGCAUAUGGUAAGUUAGGAUUUGGUCAUACUGUAUUUAGGUGGUAUAGGGACUGUAGUUGUCCUGCUCAGGCCAUGCUCAGGCUGGUGGAGGGAGCACGCAGCGUGGCCCUGGCUUCAACUGGACUCUCAGCUAUUUAAACCUGCUGCCCUGCCUGGCAGACCAACUGUUAUAG